UGAAAACCGGCGAUACUUUAGCACUGAUUACACGAUUAGUGUUGAUUUGAUUGCAUUGACACUGAAUUGAAAGCCAAACGCAAACUAUUUGUGGUUUUGGUGCCAACAAGUGAUCCGUGGAUUCAAUGCUUCAAUGGAUGUGUUGUCCAAUCAAUGCAAACCAAUUACAUGUGAAUUGAAUUGAAGUGUUGACACAACAAGUGAUUCAUUUAGAGAUCAAAGGAAAUGUUGAGUUUAUGUGGAGUACGGAUGAGUCGAUUGGUGGGCGGGAAGUGUUGGAACCGAUUGAACACGUGUCGGAUGUCUCACACGGACCACAACAUCCCCGAGAAGUACCAGAAGUUCCGGACGGGACAUAUGGACGAGGCUUUGCUGCCCUUCGGGUCGUGGAAGGAGUCGUACGACAAAUAUCAGCGCAAAUACAACCGACAAUUGGCUCUGAGUCUACUCUUCUUCGGCGGCACUCUUGUAUACAUCUAUACCUCUGGAGUCAUAGAACUGGUUCUUCCGCCGCCUCUCAGGGAUGACAACCAAAAGCCGACCUCUAAAUGGAGUAAAAAGUGGUUCUCAUUUGGGUCUCCAUUAAGAGACCGAAAGAGUUCUUCGACUAAAGAGGUGUCAGAAUUGCCGCAAUCGAUACCAUACCUGAUAAUAGGCGGCGGAACCGCUUCUUUCGCCGCUUUUCGUUCGAUUCGUGCCAACGAUCCGAAGGCAAAGGUUUUGGUGAUAUCUGAGGAGGACUUCUACCCAUAUAUGAGACCUCCUCUGUCUAAAGAGCUAUGGUUUAGUGGAUCGGAUCUGACAAAGAAGUUGACAUUCAAACAGUGGAACGGAAGGGAAAGGACUGUAUUCUUAGAACACGAAGAGUUCUAUAUUCCUCUCAAUAAACUGAUGGCUUCGGAAACGGGAGGCGUUUCUGUCCUUAAGAAUCAGUCAGUCGUCAAAUUAGACGCCACUGAAAGGAAAGCCUAUUUAGAUAACGGACAGAUUGUGUCCUAUGAUAAGUGUUUGAUCGCCACCGGAGGGAAGCCUAAAAAUAUUGAGCCUUUUGUGAGCGCAGAUCCUGAGGUCCAGAAACGAGUCAUUCUUUACAGAGAUAUUAAAGACUUCAAGCGUUUGGAAGAGAUCUCACAAAAGGCCAAAUCGAUUACAAUAGUCGGCGGAGGCUUUCUGGGCAGUGAGUUGGCCUGUGCUCUGGCCGGACGCUCACAACUCACCAAAUCAUCACUUGUUGUCAACCAACUCUUCCCCGAAGACGGAAAUAUGGGAAAAGUUUUGCCUCAAUAUCUGUGUCAGUGGACCACAAACAAAGUCAAAUCCGAAGGCGUCAACGUAUUGCCCAAGACUUUGGUUAAUGGCGUCCAAUUAGAAGGCAGUCAAUUGAGCCUAAGUUUAAGUACCGGUAAUUCAGACAAACUGAAGACAGAUUACGUGGUUUUAGCGGUUGGUUUGGAGCCAAACACCCAAUUGGCGGAGACAUCGGCCCUAGAAGUGGACGAAUCGUUCGGUGGGUUUAGAGUUAAUGCGGAACUGGAGGCGCGAACUAAUUUAUGGGUUGCGGGCGACGCCUCCUGUUUCUACGACACCAAACUCGGCAGAAGGCGUGUUGAACAUCACGACCACGCGGUGGUCAGCGGACGACUGGCCGGCGAGAACAUGACUGGCGCUCAUAAGCCUUAUUGGCAUCAGUCUAUGUUUUGGUCUGAUUUGGGCCCUCAAGUGGGUUACGAAGCCAUCGGAAUCGUUGACUCAACGCUGCCAACGGUGGGUGUGUUCGCAAAGGCCUCCGAAAGAGAUACCCCUAAAGCCGCUGUCGAACAGACCGAUGAAGGCAUUCGUUCGGAAGCAGACAAACCUCAGGAUGUGCUCAAACCAACCAAAUCCGAGUCCACUUCUGUUGCUCCCCGACCGCCACAACCGGGCGAUGACUUCGGAAAAGGGAUUAUAUUUUAUUUGCGAAACAAUAUUGUUGUCGGAAUCGUCUUAUGGAAUGUCUUCAGUCGUAUGCAUAUCGCACGGCGUGUCAUAAAUGAGGGAAAGCCUUACGACGACUUGAAUGAAGUGGCGAAGCUGUUUGAGUUGCAUUCUGAUGAUGACUGACCACUUGUUAUACAAUUAUUUAGAAGUUUAUAAUACAAUUGAGAAUCAAUUUAUUAAUUUCAAUUAAAAACAAUUGAUUACAAUAAUGAUCGAGUAAUUUGAAACAUUAAAAGUUUGAUAUAAUUGAUAGAUAAA